GUCCAGCCAGCGUAUCAGAAAACAGGAACAUAGAAAGCCUGGACAGAAGAAUCCACAACACACCAUCGGGAUUGAUCGCUCUCCAUCUUUUACUCAUUAUUCCUCUAGAAUCAGUUGUGUUUUGUGCUUCAAUCAGUCUGUUUGGGAAUCAUAAUCGAAACCAACAGUGUUUGAAAAAUCGUCAUAAUGGAACUCUGAUAUUAACCAGUGCUGUGAUUCGAAAACAUAUUUCUGCUGUCUUUUGGAACGGGAGACGAGUAACUGUGUAACAGAAAAGCUGCAAGGCUCAUGCGAAUCUUUCGUUCCGGUUGGAGAAUAAUGAGCACCAGCUAUCCAGAUGCACCCCUUGGGAUUCGACUUGUAACCGCUAUAUGCGGGAAGAUUUGUCCCCGAUGGCAAAUCAAUCGAUUGCUCUGAGCCAUCUUGGAGCAAUCUUAGGAAACUCGAACCACAAUAUUAUUCAUUUAGGUAGGAGCGUUUGAAUAUAUUUGUGAGCGCGAUUUUAUUGUGGUUUGUUGUGUGCCCUGUUAUCGACGUAUUUCAUUCAUCCAUUCUGACGUCCAGCCAGCGUAUCAGAAAACAGGAACAUAGAAAGCCUGGACAGAAGAAUCCACAACACACCAUCGGGAUUGAUCGCUCUCCAUCUUUUACUCAUUAUUCCUCUAGAAUCAGUUGUGUUUUGUGCUUCAAUCAGUCUGUUUGGGAAUCAUAAUCGAAACCAACAGUGUUUGAAAAAUCGUCAUAAUGGAACUCUGAUAUUAACCAGUGCUGUGAUUCGAAAACAUAUUUCUGCUGUCUUUUGGAACGGGAGACGAGUAACUGUGUAACAGAAAAGCUGCAAGGCUCAUGCGAAUCUUUCGUUCCGGUUGGAGAAUAAUGAGCACCAGCUAUCCAGAUGCACCCCUUGGGAUUCGACUUGUAACCGCUAUAUGCGGGAAGAUUUGUCCCCGAUGGCAAAUCAAUCGAUUGCUCUGGUUCAAAUGCUCGGUGCUCACGCUCACCUAUCUGGCGUACAUGUGCUAUCACAUGACUAGGAAACCGAUCUCCGUUGUGAAAUCCGUACUGCAUCGUAAUUGUUCCGGAGUUCAAAUUCCGCCGGAAUUCAUUCACAACGGUGGAGAGCCCCCGAAUGAUAGCACCUGGUGUGACUAUGCGCCUUUCGAUGGGGCAGAUUCUGCGGCCUUGCUGGGGACGCUGGAUUCGUCGUUUCUUUUCAGCUACGCAAUUGCAAUGUUCUUCUCGGGGUUCAUUGCUGAACGGGUCUCUCUACGAUAUUUCUUGACCUUUGGCAUGUUGUUCUCUGGCAUUUUUUGUUAUCUGUUCGGAAUUGCCAAAGUAUACGAUAUUCACUCGAUGAUGUACUUCGUGCUGGUACAGGCAAUGGCUGGUAUUUUUCAAACUACCGGUUGGCCAGGGGUGGUAACCAUUGUGGGCCGCUGGUUCGGGAAAUCGAAGCGUGGCUUGAUUUUCGGUAUUUGGAAUAGUCAUACAUCGAUUGGAAACAUCAUGGGGACAUUGAUAGCUGGAUACUACGUGGAAAAGGAUUGGGCAAUGUCAUUUGUGGUGCCCGGAUUUGUAAUGGGCGUGUUUGGAUUCAUUAUGUUCCUGUUUCUGGUGGAUCAACCCGAGAUUGUGGAUUGCCACGAGAAAGUAGGCGACCGUAGAGGAGGCUAUAGGAGAAUUGAGGACGGUAGAAUUGGAGAAUCCGGUGGUAACUCUGAUGCUGAAGAAUCGGUUGGAACCAGUAGUGAACAGGAAAAUCCUUCCCUAAGAAGUUUACGAGGCAGCUUUUACUCUAACAUCAUAGAUGUAAACGAACGCACACCAAUUAUAGGCAGUAUUAAUCGAACACCUGUUCAAGACGAUGCAAUUGGUUUCGGCGGUGCAUUAAGGAUUCCAGGAGUUGUAGAGUUCUCCAUGUGUCUGUUUUUCUCCAAACUUGUUAGUUACACAUUCCUCUUCUGGUUACCACUGUACAUUCAGUCCUCUACAACACUGGGGGCAGAACUAAGUGCAGAUGUAUCGACUGUGUUCGAUAUCGGUGGCAUUGUUGGCGCCAUAGCGGCUGGCCUAAUCUCCGACUACACUGGAAUGUCUGCAUCGACGUGCACUGGCAUGCUAGCGUUGGCCGCACCUGCUUUGCUGAUCUACCAACAAUGGGGUGCUAUCUCUCUAUCGUUCAACAUUUUCUUGCUCUUCAUUGCUGGAGUGCUAGUCAAUGGACCAUAUGCACUUAUUACUACUUCCGUUAGUGCUGAACUAGGUCAACAUAGUUCUUUGAACGGCAAUUCCAAAGCCCUUGCUACUGUAACAGCGAUCAUCGAUGGAACGGGAUCAAUCGGAGCUGCUGUUGGGCCGCUGAUUGCUGGAUUGAUAUCAUCGUCCGGUUGGGAAAACGUCUUCUACAUGUUGAUUGCAUCGGAUAUAUUGGCGCUCCUGUUACUACUGCGGCUAGUGACCAAAGAAGUAUCGCGGCGAUCGAGGCGGCGCAAUGUCCGAAUAGAGUAACGUAAAACGUAGUAGAUAGCAAAGCAAGCUGCGAAGCUUAAAGAUUUUCAAAAAUGACUACCUAGCUAAUAUGAACUGAUUUUUAAGCAUCUCAAACGAAAAAUUUUAAAUAAUGAUCUUCCUUUUUUGCGGAAAGCUUCAAA